UUUAAUUCACCUGUGCCUCAAAUCUUCCAUCUGAGUUUACCAGAAGGCUGGUUUCUACAAUGUCAGACUUUAGGGUUGCGUCCUGUCAUAUUUUACCCCUCCAGACCUCUUAAGCAUAAUAGAUGUUUUCCCAUUCCUUCAAACUGUUCUUCUUGGGCACCUUGUGUUAUCUCAGCAUGGCUGUGGCUAGCAUGCCAUCUGGGUGUAAGGAAGUGUGUCUAAUGCAGUCUACGAGCCCAUGAAGAGGGGCAUACAUAUGAACUCUGUUGAAAAGAGGUUCUGCUGGAGACUUACAUUUGGCAUCUAUGUGAAAUUCAAGUGGAAAAUCACAUGUACGAGUAUUGCUGUCAGGCGGUUGAUUCAUUGAUCAUGCCUGCAGAGGGAAGUUCCGUUCUGGUGGCUGACUGCCAGCAAAUGUAAAUGCUUAUCCUAGAUGUCCAGCAUCUCUCCUUUUUACUGGAGUGAAAACCCCUCCAGAUACCAACAGAACAUCAACUGCCGAAAAUGCGUCCCAUGUUAAGGAUGUCGUCAACCUAAGUUCAUGUGCCCUGUCUGUACAGUUGUUGUGGGUGGUUUACCAUCUGGAAGCUCCUCAAGCUCUGAUCCAGGCCCUGUAUCUGCUUCUGAAAUGUCUCUGCUUCAUGCUUUGGGUCCAGUGCAGACCUGGCUGGGACAAGAGCUGGAGAAAUGUGGCAUUGAUGCCAUGAUUUAUACUCGGUAUGUCCUCAGUCUUCUUCUGCAUGACAGCUAUGACUACGACCUGCAGGAACAGGAGAAUGACAUCUUCCUGGGCUGGGAAAAAGGAGCUUAUAAGAAAUGGGGAAAGAGUAAGAGAAAGUGCUCAGAUCUAACUCUCGAAGAAAUGAAAAAACAGGCUGCUGUCCAGUGUCUUCGCUCUGCUUCUGAUGAAAGCUCUGGCAUCGAGACCCUAGUGGAGGAGCUCUGCUCCAGGCUGAAGGACCUUCAGAGUGAGCAAGAAGAGAAGAUUCACAAAAAGUUAGAGGGGUCUCCCUCUCCAGAGGCAGAAUUAUCCCCUACAGCAAAGGAUCAAGUGGAAAUGUACUAUGAAGCCUUCCCACCACUUUCUGAGAAGCCGGUUUGCCUGCGAGAGAUCAUGACUGUGUGGAACAAUUCCAAAGCCUGCUCUUCCUCCAGCCCUUCCUCGUCCACAGCGCCGCCGGCCAGCACAGACACGUCCUCCCCCAAGGCCUGCAACAGCGAAGGCGAAGUCACCAAGGAGAGGGACGCCGAGGCGUCCAGCGCUGUGCCCGGGCAGACCCAGAGCAAAGGUAAAGGCGAGAAGGAGAACAAGCUUAGUAAUGGCACAGCUGAGGAAAAGCCUGCUUCGUACAAAAAGCAGACCCGACAUAAACCCGAAGGAAAGAUGCGCCCUCGCUCCUGGUCCUCCGGCUCGAGUGAAGCAGGCUCAAGUUCAAGUGGGCAUCAGGGGGCAUCGAAGGCGUCCGCCAAGGGCGUGAAAGCGAGGCACAAGGCCCGGGAAGUCCGGAGCAGGAGAGGGCGGAGCGGGCCCGGCAGGCCCCCCCUGAAGCUCGGCGGCCGGGCCGACAGGGGCGCGCACGCGGGAGGCCGCGGCCCCGCCAGGCCGCUGUGCCGCCGGGGCAGGAGGCCGACCAAGGAGCUCGGGAGGGGAGACCCGGCGGGCGCGGAGGGCCCGGGGGCCGCGGGCGGGAGCGACACGGAGUUCAAGGAGGAGCCGCUGUGGUACACCGAGCCCAUCGCCGAGUACUUCGCCCCCCGGGGCAGGCGGAGCAAGCUGGAGACCACGUACCGGGCCAGGCAGGGCGCGGGCGGCCCCGCGGCGGAGCCGGCCCAGGAGCCGCCCGAGCCGGCGCGCGGCCUGUGUGUGGGCGGCGGUCACGCCCGCAGGACGUACCUCGCGGCGGGGACGUUCGUUGACGGCCGUUUCGUAGAAAUGCCCGCGGUUAUAAAUGAGGGUAUCGGCCUCACGGGGACCGCGUUCUGUCCUCUCCCGGAGGACAACACGUACUGGGAUGAUAUUCAUCUGUCAGGACUAACGCACUUCUAUGAAGUGGAUAUUGAUCAAUCCAUGUUGGAUCCCGGUGCCUCAGAAACAAUGCGAGGGGAAAGUCGGAUUUUGAAUAUGAUUCGACAGAAAAGCAAAGAGAAAACAGAUUUUGAGGCAGAAUGUUGCAUAGUGUUAGAUGGAAUGGAGUUGCAAGGGGAACGUGCAAUAUGGACAGAUUCUACCAGCUCUGGGGGUGCUGAGGGCUUCUUCCUGCAAGACCUUGGCAAUCUGGCUCAGUUUUGGGAGUGCUGCUCAUCCAGCUCGGGGGAUGCCGACGGAGAGAGUGUCGGAGGGGAUUCUCCGACCAGACUCUCUCCAGUCUUGGACAGCACGGGGCUCAAUCCGCAUUUGCUUGCUGGCAAUCAAGAGCUCUUUUCAGAUAUUAAUGAAGGAUCUGGCAUAAACUCUUGUUUUUCAGUGUUUGAAGUGCAAUGCAGUAAUUCUGUUUUACCAUUUUCUUUUGAAACACUCAACUUGGGAAAUGAAAAUACAGAUUCUAGUGCUAAUACGCUUGGGAAAACACAGUCUAGAUUGCUAAUAUGGACCAAAAAUAGUGCCUUUGAAGAAAAUGAACACUGUUCUAAUCUUUCAACAAGAACUUGUAGUCCAUGGUCCCAUUCAGAAGAAACACGUUCAGACAAUGAGACAUUAAACAUUCAGUUUGAAGAAUCCGCACAGUUUAAUGCAGAAGAUAUUAGUUACGUAGUUCCUCCAGUCUCGUCAAAUUAUGUAGAUGAAGAACUUCUAGAUUUUUUGCAAGAUGAAACUUGCCAGCAAGACAGUAGAACCUUAGAAGAAAUUCCUCCGUUAGUUUUCAAAAAAAAGUCCAAACUAGAAUCUGUCUGUGGUAUUCAGCUAGAACAAAAAACAGAAAACAAAACCUUUGAAACUACACAGAUGUGUAGUGAAAGCAGUCCACAUGGAGACGGCUACAGCUCAGGGGUUAUCAAGGACAUCUGGACAAAGAUGGCAGACAGACAUUCUGUAGCUACGGUAGAAAUAGAAAGAACUGAUGAUGAGUUGUUUUCAACAGAUGUAAAUAGCUGCUGCUGCUGUUUGGAUGCUGAAGCUGAAGUGGAGGCUCUCCAGGAGCCUCGUAAGGCCGUGCAGAGGUCAGAGUAUCGUCUGUGGGAGGGGCAGAAAGGGGGCCUGGAGAAGAGAGCUUUUGUUGCUGGGGAGCUGGCCCAGGUGGACGGUGGAGAUUAUACUACGCCCUCCAAACCUUGGCAUGCGGCCCAAGAUAAAGAGAACGCAUUCAUUCUUGGAGGAGUUUACGGAGAGCUCAAAACCUUUAGCAGCGAUGGGGAGUGGGCGGCUAUGCCCCCCGGCCGCACGAAAGCAGGUCUGUCACCGCGCGCGGCUUCCGAUGUCGUGGCGGUGGCGGGUGCAGACGUCUUCAUGACCCCGGGAACCAGCUUUGCUCCGGGCCACAGGCAAUUACGGAAACCCUUCGUGUCAUUCGAGCAGAACGACCAGCCGAAGAGUGGGGAAAAUGGAUUAAAUAAGGGAUUUUCUUUUAUCUUCCAUGAAGACUUACUAGGAGCUUGUGGUAACUUUCAAGUUGAAGAUCCUGGACUUGAAUAUUCAUUCUCUUCCUUUGACUUAAGCAAUCCAUUUUCACAAGUUCUGCAUGUAGAAUGUUCGUUGGAACCCGAAGGGAUUGCGUCGUUCAGCCCUAGUUUUAAACCGAAAUCAAUCCUCUGCUCUGACCCGGACAGCGAGGUUUUCCGCCCCCGCACAUGUGGCGCCGACAGAACCCAGUACCGGGCGAUUCGGGUCUCUCCUCGGACUCACUUUCGCCCAAUCUCUGCAUCUGAAUUGUCCCCAGGAGGAGGAAGCGAGUCAGAUUUUGAAUCGGAGAAAGAUGAAGCAAAUAUUCCCAUUCCUUCUCAAGUUGAUGCAUUUGAAGAUCCACAGGCAGAUCUCAAACCACUGGAAGAAGAUGCAGAGAAAGAAGGCAAUUACUAUGGGAAAUCGGAGCUCGAGUCUGGAAAAUUCCUUCCCAGGUUAAAAAAAUCUGGAAUGGAAAAGAGUGCUCAGACAUCACUGGAUUCCCAGGAGGAAUCGGCUGGGAUUCUGCCCGGAGGCAAGCAGAAUCAGUGUUUGGAAUGUAGCUUGAAUGAGUCUCUGGAAAUUGAUUUAGAAAGCUCAGAAGCAAAUUGUAAAAUAAUGGCACAAUGUGAGGAAGAAAUUAAUAAUUUUUGCAGUUGUAAAGCAGGUUGUCAGUUCCCUGCUUAUGAAGAUAAUCCAGUUUCUUCAGGACAGCUGGAAGAGUUUCCUGUAUUGAACACUGAUGUACAUGUACAAGGAAUGAACAGAAGUCAAGAAAAGCAGACCUGGUGGGAAAAAGCCUUGUACUCCCCUCUCUUUCCUACAUCAGAGUGUGAAGUGUUUCCUUGGACCAAGAUGACUGAUGGAAAUCUUUCCACCUCUACAAAUGGCAUAGCCUUGAUGGGCAUUCUGGACUGUCGGCCAGGAAGCCACAUUCAGAACCUACAACAUCUGAAUCUCAAGGCACCCAGACCCCUCUUGUCGCCUGAGGAUGGGCCCAAGCUGAAACUUGGUGCUUUAGAAGCUCGGCACAGCCUCGAGUCAGUGGACUCGGGCAUUCCUACCCUAGAGAUCGGUAACCCGGAACCUGUCCCCUGCAGUGUGGUCCACGUGAAGAGGAAACAGUCUGAGUCGGAGAUAGUCCCUGAGCGGGCCUGCCAGAGCGCGUGCCCACUGCCAUCCUACGCGCCCCCAGCUCCCACGAGCCCUGAGCGGGAGCAGAGCGUGCGGAAGUCCUCCACGUUUCCCAGGACAGGCUAUGACUCGGUGAGGCUCUACAGCCCCACCUCCACAGCCCUGAACCGCAGCGAUGAUGUCUCCAUCUGCAGUGUGUCCAGUCUCAGCACAGAGCUGUCCACUGCACUGUCCAUCAGUAAUGAGGACAUCUUGGAUCUUGUGGUCACGAGCAGCUCCAGUGCCAUUGUGACCCUCGAGAAUGACGACGACCCACAGUUUACUGACGUCACCUUGAGCUCCGUCAAGGAAACCCGGGACCUGUGCCAGCAGGGCCUUGUUGAUGGAACUGAGGAGGGGAGUAAAUUGAAAAUAUUGGGCCCUUUUAGUAACUUCUUUACCAGGAAUUUGCUUGCUAGAAAACAAAGUGCAAGACUUGACAAACAAAAUGACUUGGGAUGGAAGUUAUUUGGAAAAGUACCACUCCGAGAGAAUGCUCAGAAAGAGUCAAAGAAAAUGCAAAAGGAAUAUGAAGACAAGACUGGACGACCUAGCAAGCCACCCUCUCCAAAGCAGAAUGUGAGGAAAAAUCUUGAUUUUGAGCCACUUUCCACCACUGCACUCAUCCUGGAAGACAGACCAGCAAAUCUCCCAGCGAAGCCAGCUGAAGAAGCUCAGAAACACAGACAGCAGUAUGAAGAAAUGGUGGUUCAGGCCAAAAAACGAGAGCUGAAAGAAGCCCAGAGGAGGAAAAAGCAGCUGGAAGAAAGAUGCAGGUUGGAAGAAAGCAUUGGAAAUGCCGUCCUUACUUGGAAUAACGAGAUUUUGCCUAACUGGGAAACAAUGUGGUGCUCUAGAAAAGUUCGAGAUUUAUGGUGGCAGGGAAUCCCUCCCAGUGUGAGGGGCAAAGUCUGGAGCUUAGCCAUUGGCAACGAGUUGAACAUCACGCAUGAGCUCUAUGACAUCUGUCUUGCCCGAGCCAAGGAGAGGUGGCGGUCUUUCAGCACAGGAGGCUCUGAAGUGGAGAAUGAAGAUGCCGGUUUUUCAGCAGCAGACAGAGAAGCCAGCCUGGAGCUUAUUAAACUGGACAUUUCUAGAACGUUUCCUAAUCUCUGCAUUUUCCAGCAAGGCGGCCCGUACCAUGACAUGUUGCACAGUAUUUUGGGCGCUUACACUUGUUACCGACCGGACGUGGGCUAUGUUCAAGGCAUGUCCUUCAUAGCAGCAGUGUUGAUCUUGAACUUAGAUACUGCCGAUGCCUUCAUUGCUUUUUCUAAUCUCUUGAAUAAACCCUGUCAGAUGGCGUUUUUCCGAGUGGACCAUGGCCUUAUGUUGACUUAUUUUGCUGCAUUUGAGGUAUUUUUUGAAGAAAAUUUGCCGAAAUUAUUUGCUCAUUUCAAGAAGAACAACCUAACUCCAGACAUCUACCUAAUUGACUGGAUAUUUACCUUAUAUAGUAAAUCCUUGCCCCUCGAUCUGGCCUGUCGCAUAUGGGAUGUGUUCUGUCGUGAUGGGGAAGAGUUUCUGUUCCGCACGGCCCUGGGCGUCCUGAAGCUGUUCGAGGACAUCCUGACCAAAAUGGACUUCAUUCACAUAGCCCAGUUCCUAACGAGGCUGCCCGAAGACUCGCCUGCUGAGGAAUUUUUUGCUUCCAUAGCUACAAUUCAGAUGCAAAGUCGAAAUAAGAAGUGGGCUCAGGUACUGACUGCACUGCAGAAGGACAUCCGGGAAAUGGAGAAAGGAAGCCCAUCUCUCAGACACUGAGCUGGUGGGUGGACUUGUGCUUCGUGCAGAAGCCCAUGGCCAUGUGGUAUUCUGGUGGUGUUUCAGAUGGACACACUGGCAGCAGAGGACGACAGGGGCUAUUUUCACAUUUGACUUCUAACACUAAAGUUGGCCUUAAACAAAACAAACACAAAAAAAACCUUUGAAGAGUUAAACCAAGGCUUAGCCUUAAGCUCACUGGAACGAUGACCAAGUGUUGACCAUGGCCAACCACUGAAUAUUCUGCAUGGUUUAGAAAUAGGGCAGUGGCUAAUUCCCCCUACGCCCCCUUAUUUCAGCAACAGAUAAUUCAAUUGUGAUGCUUUUAUGUCAACUACUGGAAAGUACAUUACCAUCUUUCUUAGCCAGGGUGCAUGAGAAAUGUUAUUUGGAAGACCAGAUGUUUCUGGCUUCAUAUUUGCAUGUUCUAGUAAGAAAGGGGUUGUUGAUUUGGUUGUCUGAGAGAGUUACCUUUCCAGAGCUGGAGGUCAGAUUUUUAAAGCCCACUUACCAAAGGUAGCAUUAAAGGAGAAUGGGCUCUCAAGGGGCAGUUGGUGAGAGCGUUCGUGGGCUCCCUGGGGCUCGACCUACCUUUGUCUCAAUGUUUUACCAUGUUGCCGUGACAUAAUUAAAGUGUGAGGGCUGAAAAUGCACACUAAGGUUCCCAUGGGAGCCCGGCUUUCGCGAGAUCACGCCUGACGUCUCCUGAGCAAUGGUUGGAAGUUCGAGCAGAAGAACUGCUCGCACAGGAGGCCUGUGACAGUAGAGACGGACUUGAGAGCUGGUAGAAAGCAGAAUGCAAACACCCUCACUUCCCUUGAAGUCAGAGGGGAGGGAGGGAGGAUAGCAAGCCCCGCCAAUGGCACCCUGCCCCUCUCUGUGGGGGCUGGGGCAGCACAGUGCAGGGGGCUCCCCUCCCCUUUGUCACCCAGACAGCAGGAGGCCUGAGUGCCAGUGGUCCCCUGCCCGGCAGGCCACCGUGAGAAUGGGGUGGCAAGCACCACUCGCCCAAUAGCCCAGUCUUGUCUGAAUUCCCAAUAUCGGACCAUCAGCCCUUCCCCAUUUUAGCUGGUUUUCCCCAACUUCAUUAGCAACCUCUUUGUUCUAGGUCUUCCUUGACUAAUUUUGAGAAUUUUGUACUACGAACUUCAGUUAUCCAAAUUCAAACGAAUGUUUUUUGCACAGAAUAGUGCAGCGGUCAGGCAGAUCUCUAUGGAACAGCUUCGCACAUGGUAAUCCUUGCCUGCUGAGCUCUGGGAGCGCUCGGCAGGCCAGGGCCAAGGGCUCUGCUGGUGCCUCCGUGCACCCUGCACUCUGUCGCCUUCGCAGCCUUACUCCCCGCCUCCCCAGGGAGUUCUGGCCCCCGAUCUCAGUUCUGAUGUUGGGAGUGCCCUCAGCUUGAAAGUAUAGUGGAUGGGGUGGUGGUGAGGCCAACCGUGCAGUGUUACAGGUGUCCUCUCUCUGCCACAGGCACUUGAUGACACUUCCACGUGCAGUGGCAGUGGCCGAGCCCUCAUGCCUCUGUCCCAGCUCUGGUCCACAUGCUCUUUCCCUGGACUCGCCUUUUCCCUUAUGUUCUUGACUGAAUCCUCUAGGAGGUUGCAGAAUAUCCCGGAUACCACUUCCUGCCUCAGCCUUUAAACGCUGACCUGCUUGACCUCGACCUCUCGGAGGAGGUGCUGUCCUUGCGGAGGUCUCGGCACCCUGCAGACACAGCCAUCCUGUCAUCAGGAUGUUGAAUGUAGCACAUGCCAAGCUGGGCCUGGGAAGCGGGCUGCUGAGCCCCAUCAUGGCCGCUGCUCUCAGAUGUGCUUAGUUUGUUCUAUGACUUGGUCUUUCUGUUCUUGAAAGGUGUAUAUAUAUUUUCUUAUUGUACAUAAAGGUUCCUAAGUGUGACAAAAAGUGGUGUGACAUGGGCGGUGUGCAGCUCCUUCAGAGUGCAUUUGUGCAACUUCAGUCUGUUCAAACCCAGCCCUGAACAUUUUUUGUCAGUUUGACAUAAAUCUCUUGGAUAGCACUAUUUAUGCAUUAAGUUUUUAAACUGGAUUCCAUGCCGAUCUGGAAUACUUACUGGGUCUUAAGUUCAGAAGAGGCUUGCUUGGCCUGUUGAGGGACCACAUGAGGUCCUGGCUAAUCAGUGUGUCCACUUCACAGGCCAAGAGGUUCUAAGUCCCUGCCCAGCCAGGGUGGUUGGCCCCUUUCCACAGGGGCUGUCGGAGAGCUUCUUGGUUUGACAUGAUCCUUUAGGAAAGCUGGAAACAGAAUUGAGGCGCUGCACCCCCGUGGAAGCCUACCCUCUCCACUUCCUAUGCUGUUGAUUUCCAGGAUCUAAGACUUCAGGUUCGAGACCUUUGUGAGUUGAAAGCUGCAUCCCCACCAGUCCUUGAAAUCUCAACUAGAAACAAUGGUCACUUUAAAUGGUACUUUUUAACUGCUCAGUUUUUGACUAUUUUAAAUAGUUUGCUGAUCAGAAACUCCUAAUAACACUUGCUACAUAUCAUGUUUUAAUUGCUUGUACAGUUACCCUUUAAUUUUAUUUAGUAAAGUGUAUCAAACUAGGACUUUUUGAAUUGUAAAUAUGUGGUUUUAUUUAAUAAAAGUCAUUAAAAUUUUA